CGACAUGUGGCGCCGUCUACAUUGUCAAUGUUGUUAGGCUUACAAAUGGAGUCUAAUGGAGUCGAUUUAAUGAAAAUCCUCUGAAAAAUCAAAAUCAAUCGAAAGCAUGAGAAAUUCCUUCGAAAUGACCUAAUUAUGACCAAUCUGCACAUUGAGAUAUUGGAUAGCUAUGUAGCUGUGCAGGGGGAAUAAGCCCAUCUGCACCAAGUUAGUGCAAUGUCCCAGAGAGUUAAAAGGCCUAAUCGUAUUGAAGAUGGCACAAUUCCUGUUAAAAGGCGUAAACGCACGGCGGCGGAGGAAGAAGAAGCGACCGCCUUGGCAGCAUCCUCAGCAGCUGCCGCCGUUGGACCAGGCGGCAAUGCCUGUGGUGCCGGUGGAGCGGGUGGUGCCGCCUGGCAGGCACCACGAUCUAAUGAGCUGAAGAGUAUUUACAACAGAACCACAACAGAGGCACCAGCAGAAUUGUUCCGUAAAGAUCUGAUAAGUGCUAUGAAACUACCAGAUUCAGAACCAUUGGCCUCUGAUGAAUAUUGGGUGAUAAUAGACCAGUGGAAGCAGGAAUGGGAGAGAGGUGUCCAAGUGCCGGUCAAUCCAGACAGUCUACCAGAACCAUUGGUCAGCAUCAAGCCAAGCCUUUCGUCUACCUUUAGACCACAUAACACAGACUUUAAACUGCCUAAAACAAAAUACAUGCGCAUCACAAAAGACGAACAUUUUAAUGUAGAAGACCACAAACUAUCAGACGCUCCCGCCAAAUCGGAGGACGCCUGUUCUUACGAUCUGGACGAGUGUGACGUCGCCUGGCUCAAAAUUCUAAACGCUGAACGAGCUUCCGCCGGUUUGGGUCCUAUUUACGAGCAACAACUAGAAAGGGUGAUCGAAAGGUUGGAACUUUGUUGCUGGGAUAAAAUUCAAUCUAUACUCAAGAACGAAGAGGGAUUGGGUAUUGAAUACGAUGAGAACGUCAUCUGCGACGUGUGCCGUUCUCCAGAUUCUGAAGAGGGUAACGAGAUGGUGUUUUGUGAUAGUUGCAAUAUCUGCGUUCAUCAAGCCUGCUACGGUAUCACAAGGAUACCAGAUGGGCAGUGGUUGUGUUGUACUUGUAAUAUCGGAAAGAAGCCUGAGUGCGUGUUGUGUCCAAAUAGAGGAGGGGCUAUGAAAUCUUUGAGGACUGGUCAAAAGUGGGCUCACGUCUCAUGUGCGCUCUGGAUACCCGAAGUUAGCAUUGGAUGUGUUGAAAAAAUGGAGCCCAUCACUAAAGUAUCCAGCAUUCCGCAAAGCCGUUGGGCUUUGAUAUGCGUCCUUUGUCGAGAGCGAGUCGGCGCGUGUAUACAGUGUUCGGUAAAGACUUGUAAAACCGCAUACCACGUGACGUGCGCGUUCAAACACGGCCUCGAGAUGCGAGCCAUCAUAGAAGACGAAAACGCGGACGAUGGCGUCAAACUUAGAUCUUAUUGCGAAAAACAUAGCAAAUCUAGUAAAAAAGAAAAGAGUAUAUGUUCCGGAUCAGAAGAUGAUGAUUGUAAGAGGAAAAAACGUAAAGAUAUGACGUCAGAGGAGAAGAAUCAAGCGCGCGCGAUCCGUCUGCAAGAGAUAGAAGCAGAAUUUUUUAAACACGUUUCAGUAAAAGACAUUCAUUUUAAUCUUGACAAUGACGCCUUAAUAUAUAUCUAUAACUAUUGGAAAUUGAAGAGGAAAGCUGGUUUUAACAAGCCUCUGCUUCCACCGAAAUCAGAAGACGUCGACAUGCUUUCUCACAAGAGAGAGCAAGCCGACGUAGAAAAAAUGAAAAUGUUUGUACAAUUAAGACAAGAUCUAGAGCGGGUUAGAAACUUAUGUUACAUGGUUAGUAGAAGAGAAAAAUUGUCGAGAUCAUUCUUCCGAAUGAGGGAGCAGACGUUCCAUAAACAAACCGCAGUGUUAGAUUCUUCUCCGUCAUUACCUCCAUCUGUGAUCGAAGCCGUCAUAGAAGCUAAUCAUGGUCCUUCCAUUUAUGACAGACUUUACUCACAUAAUGAAGCAGAAGAUCAUACCAACGACUUGGAAGCUAUCCUGGCAAGAAUAGCUGGCAAGUCACCGGCACAUUCGGGAGACGAAUCCAAAGUUGAGGUUAAUGGCUUAUUCAAAGAUGUUAAAAAUAAUCCCUACAAGAAAGUGUACUUUAACGGUUCUUCCAAACGAAGAAGUGCCAGUUUAUAUGGCAGCAGUAUGUCGGAACCAAGCAGUAGUGACGAAAAACCAAAAGAUAACAAAGAAAAUAGAUUGCACACCGAUAGCGAAGAAGAAAAACCUUCUGUGUCUAGCACAACUAAGAAAAGAACUAUACCGAGAAAGUCUAAUAAUGUCAGUAAAGUUGUGGAGAGAAAGAGGCGAAAGAAGCAUAAUGCUCCGGUUAAACACGGUUUGGAUACUAGCAGCGAAGAUGACAUUAAAGAUUCCAAGAAGGAUUGGAGCCAAUUUUCUAGGUCGAGGUUAAGUCAAAUGGAUAAAGAAUUAGGUGAUUCGGCUAGUGAUAGCGACGAACUGAUGAUGCCGAUCAAAUCGCUAAAUAAAGAAGACAGUCAUAAAUCGACUGCGAAGUCCAUGUCGUCAAUAUACUCGGACACGGAUAGCUCCGAUGAUUCAGGUAAAAACGAUGAUAAAUCGUCCAACGCCACUAGUGAUUCCCAAAGUAAGCUACGUACAAAGGCAGCAGUUAAAGAUUUCUCCCACAAACCUUCUAAAGGAAACAAAAAUAGUAAUAGUACUACGACAGAAGUUAAAAAGAAAGCUAAACCGGAAGAGGCUAAAAAAGAGAAGGAUUCGAAGAAGAAAGAUUACGUACCUUCUGAUCUCAUUGUUCCUCAAAGGCAGGCGGCUAAGAAAGCUACAGAAAACCUGAAGACAAAUACGACUUCGAGAGCUAAAGAACACCCUACUACCGUCGAAGAACCACCACCGAAAGUGGAAGAAAAACCAAAGCAGAAAUUAAAAUCGAAACAGGUAAAAGAUAAUAAAGAUAAAGAUGUUAAAGAAAAAGAGGCAGAAGUGAAGGAAAAACCAUCAAGAGAAGUCAAAGAAAAAGAAGUAAAAGACAUCGUAAAAGAGGAGGAAACACCUAAAGAAAAGGAAAAAGAGAAAGAAAAAGAAAAGGAACAACCGCCAACUAAAGAGGUUAAAGAAAAGAAGAAAGAUAAGAAAGAAGAAAAUAAACAAGCCGUGGAUGUGUUUGACAUCGAUAAAGACAUUGAAAAGAUCGAACCUCAAGAACUACUCUAUGUACCACAGCGUCAAGCUGCUAAAAAGGCUGCCGAACAUAUUAAGAGUGGUCUAGGAAAGCCAGUUGUGCCUCAAGCGGCUGAAACGGGACCAACUCAAGAACUUGCAGACAAAGUAAAGAAAGAAACCGAUGUUAAGAAAGUAGAUACAACAAAGAAACCAGAAGUUAAAAAAGAGGUUGAAGUGUCGAAACCUGCGAAAGUAUCUGAAAUCAAAAGAAAGUCUUCCACUAAUUCCAGCAGCAAUUCGUCUUCCUCUACUAGCAGUUCGUCGGAUUCGUCCAGUUCCUCGAGUUCUGACAGCGAUGAAGAGAAUCCCGAUGAAAAGUCCAAUCAACAGCAGCCGCGAUCGGAGAGUAGCAAGCGGACAGUUGCCAAGGACUUGCCCUUUCUUGACAAGGGAGCCAGGUCUGCGGCAACCUCUGGUUCCUCAAGCUCUAGCGAUUCAAGUCCUCCCUCAUCACCCACCAAGAAAGCUAAAUCCCCUUCACCACCUCCUACCCGAACAGACUCUCCAUCGCGAGCCGCAAACGAACUUACCAAACCCAAGAGGAGUCCCGAUAAGAAACAGCCUUCGGCGACUUCUAAACGUGAAGAACAACCACCGUCACGACCACCUAGAGGACGAGGAAGAGCUCCUAGAGGUCGUCCCAGGAUAUCGAACUCUGGUGAACGGCUCGGAGAUGCUAAUGUCAGGAGUAGAGAUUUGUCUGAUGGCCAACGUGUCGGUGUGGAAGGGGAAUCGAAAUCUACUAAAGGAAGAAAGGCCAAGCCAGCUCCACGAGAUAGUGUGGACGAAAAAGACACCGUCAACGCCAAGUUACUCUCUCCGGUCAGGAAAACAGACAAGAAACUAAAAGAUGCCAAAUCGCCCGAAAACACUUCGUUAGAGAAAGAUACCACAACUAAAAAGGUUGACAAAGAAAGUUCUGCCACAAAGGGUAAAAUGGAAAGAUUGUUUGGUACUCCAGAGAUAAAAGAGGAGAAAGUAAACAAGGUUGAGAAACCUGAAAAGGGCAAGAAAGACUUGAAUAAAGCGAUCGACAAUCUUUCAAAACCAUCAGAACCAAUAAAACCUCUGAUAGCACCAGAAAAAUUAACUAUACCCGAUAAAAAUAAUAUUGAGCAAAGUAAUAAACCAAACAAAGCCACAGAAAAGCCAAAACCGAUUGAAGAAAAGAAACCACCGGAAGAAAUCGUCGCUGUCAAACCAAAAUUGGAAGAACCUAAAAUUGAAUUAUCGUUGCCCGAUCUUACCGAAAAAGUUACCAAACCAGUCGAAAAACCGCCGAAAACAGAAUCAUUAAUUAAAUCACCCAACAAAGAAUUGAAAGAACAGCUCGAAAAGAAAUCGGAAAUUAAAGACGAAAAGAAAAUAUCAGCAAAGAAACCCGUUAGCAAGGGUAGAAGUCUAGAGGACAUCGCUAAUAAACUAUCGAACAGCGAAACCAAAGAAAAUAAAAUAGAAAUUAAGAAACCACCAACACCUAAGGCACCAAUCUUUAAGGCAACCGAUGAAAUAACUUUAGCUGAUAAGAUAGUGGAUGACCAUUUACAAACGCACAAGGCAAAAGAUCUCUUUAAUCGCCAGGUGGAAGUUGUUCAAGAAGCUUUUAGUGUCACACCAGAUGUAACGAAAACGUUGUUAAAUGAUCUAGAAGCUGAGAAGAAAAAUUCGUUGAAACCAGCAGGUAUAACCAAUCAAGUUUUGCAGAAUCGUUCUAUAUUCUCUCCACAACCACAUAUUAAAGAUAACGAUUUCUUAGACUUGGUUAAUUUCGACGACAUGGGAAUCACCAAAGAUGACGAUUUGAUGAAGAGUUCCCUCACUUGGAACUUCAACACUAGCAAUACUAUAAUAAGAGAAGAUACAAAAGAAGAUAGCGCCAGAGAGACUUUGAAUCUUGUAGAGAAAUUGAGAAUGGGACUUUCGAAGAAGUCUGGUGUGAGUGAUAUAGAUGAGCCGACUACGAGUGAAGUCGAAUUCCCUCAAGAACAACCACAACUUGUAGAUCACAUGAACAAAGACGCCAAAGAGCCAUCGAGUGUAGAACUAGAAUUGAAAGUUCAGGUGACGGAAGUAGCUCCCUCUAAACCGUUCCCGGAGAUCAACAAAGACCAACAGCAGGACUACAACUACUUGAACGUUCCUUCUGAGCUGCCUAAAGAUAUCGUUCACCAAAACGAAAGUCUUACGGAUCAUACGGCGCCUGUGCAAGGUGAUGAGCGUUGGGUGCCACCUAGCGACAAUUACCCGAACGUUCAAGCGGUGGACCCGCGCAAUUAUAUAGACUCAUUGGUGCCAUCGAUGAGUGCCGACUCCAGCGUACCGUCCAUCGUCCCGGAACCGGUAGUACCUCAUUAUUUGGAGCAAUACGCGAACAACGCCACCGAUAACAACCAAGAGAAUCACAAGAAACAAUUGAACUCGUUACCUGCCCAAUUAGAAGCUCGAUUGCAAGAGGAGGUGAUCAAGACUCAUUCGCCUUCGUUGCAAGAGAGAAUCGACAGGAGAAUAUCGCAGACGCCUCUCAUUGAUCCUUCGUCCAUGGAUUGCAUGAAUAGUCCGAUGCCGUACGCCAAUAUUCACCCGCAAGCCAAGUGGGCUGACUGUGAAGUCAUACCGAAUCGAAGAUCUGUUUCAAGGUCAUCGUCCAGCUCUUCCUCAUCAACUUCGUCUAGUUCCCGACGAGACGAAGAAGAACCUCGCAUUCCAGACGUAAGAUUGGUGAACCACGCAACUUUGGACAUGGCAGCAUCCUACUUACCAAACCAGGUUCCGCCUUCAUUCCCACCGAAUCCCAUGGAUAACUUUGGCGGUUAUGCAGCUCCGGACGGUUCUUGUUAUCCCGUUAGCUUGUUUCCUCCGCCGAAUCUUAAUACUCAGUUACCGUUUCCUCCCACGGGACCUGCUCCGAUGUAUCAUCCGCCUCCUGCUUUUGGUGCUCCUUUUCCAGCUCAACCGCUCUCCAUGCCGACGACGAAACCGUUGGAAGAGUCUUCGGUUAACUAUUCCUCGCCUUGUACUGCUGCUUUUACGUCGUCACAGCACAAUAUGGCCUUUACGGCUGCUAUGGUCAACUUGCCACAGGCUGCUGAUCCUAUGAAGCCCCUGGAACAACAAUUGGACGAACAGUUACUUGGAACGCCUUCCAUUGAUCCUGUAGCUGUUCCGGCCUUGACUCCAACUACUUCUACUGAAGAGAUCAUUCCUUCGCCCGCUGUUAGUAAUACGACGCCAACGGCCAACAGCACCCUUCCUUCCCCUAGUACUUCGCUGAAGUCAAACAGCUCGGCUGGUAAGAAAUCACCCAGCAAACCCACCAGGGUUAGCGCUAGAGUGAGUUCGCAAUUGAUGAACAAGUCGCCAGCUAAGAGUCCUGGAAAGAGCCCGAGACAAGAGACUGCACUGAAACAAAGCGGCCCCGGUAGGGGGCGUGGCGAUUCCAAGAGGGGUUCAGGAAAGUCAGGGUUGAACCGCGGAUCAGGAACCAUGAGAGGACGGGGACGAGGAAGAGGUCGAGGAAGGGGUAUCCACCACAGUGACUACGAUUUUGUGAGUGCGGGUACUAUUCACAACAAAUUAGUCGGUACUGUUUAUGACCUAGACUUCGAUGAAGACAUUUCCAAUGACAACAUGGCUGAUUUGAAGUCGAUGAGGGAGCGAAGAAAGUCCUUGGACAUUCACGAAAGGAAGUUCGAGCCGUUUUCGUCCACUAGAGAUUCGCCUCGGUCGCCGAAAUUUUCUAGUCCAUCACAAACAUCACAUAAAGGUAGGAGUUAUAAUACUGAUUUACGCGAACUGAGGCCGCCGACACCGAUCGAAGACAGCCGAUCGAAAACAGACAUAUCCCUCACCAGUUCGGACAACGAACCACCGCGGGCAUUUCCAGACGUUACUCCGCCUCUUCCGGGACCAGUGGACAUGCGCACUUACAGCUCCAGCUUCGAUCAGACGUACAAUGAGCAGAAUCUGCUCAGCGCUUUUGCCAGCGGUACAGCAGAGACUCAGGUGACGGAAAUAGACGAGGACUUCGAGAAGGAGCUGCAUACGGCUCUAGCGAAGAAACCGGUCGAAGCUCCACCACCGUCGUCGUCCGAAUCAUCCAGCAAUAUGAAGGUGUCCUUAUCCGAUUCUCGCAAUCAGCUGAAAGUCAAAAUCAAGGGGCCCAUCUCGAAUUACACCUCCACGGUCUCUUCCCUUCCACCUCUACCUCCGCCGGUGCACGAUACGUCAACGCCAGUGGCUGUCAACUCUGUGGCCAAUAAUUCCAUGGUGAAUAGCGGAUCUACUUCGCUAGGAUCGUCGUCUGGUCCUUCGAGCCUGAGGCGGAUGAGGAAGAAGGAACUGUUGAGGCAAUACGUGACGCAGGAUAUGAACAUGGACGAACCUUUGAGCAAUACCAGCUUCACAGCUCCGGCAGCGCCUCCACUGAACCGAACCAUCAUAACCAUUCCGAAAGCAGUGGCUUCCAUGACCAGCAUCCCAACGAAAGAGGACUACCGGUACUACAGGACCGACUCGGACGACCUCAUCGAUUCGAAGCAACACCGCAAAGAAUCCAAGUCGCGCCCUCUAUCGCGGGAGCUUCGUCAGCUGGACUUGACGGACAGCGAUGGCAACCUCGAGCGAAGGCGGAACAGCGGCUCUUUGGGCAGUAACAAUUCCAGCUUCGAGAACAAGAGGAGAGGAAGACCGACGAGGCCGUCUUCUCAGCAGCUGGUCGCUCAACAACCGGUUGCUCCCAAGCUCAAGAUUAAAAUCGGCAAUAAUACCAACAGUAUUGUGGGCGGGCCGGAGAGUCCGCACGAUAAGAGGGAUAGGAUACGACCGCCCAAGAAACGACUGGCUGCCAGUCAGCAGAACAAACCUUCGGUGGAAGAUCUGAAGCGGGAGAAUAUGAAAUUCCGCAAGAUGAUGAGGAAAGCCUUGAAACUCCAGCACAAAAAGAAGGACAAGAGCGAGAAGAAAAAGAAGAAGAAGCUCAAGUCCGAAGUACAAAUAGUCGCGAACGCGAGCGAAAACCCGACGAAGUUAAUCAUUCGUUUUAACAAAAAGAGUGACAGUGACAAUGAGAAACGGACGAGUGGUGAACCGGAGCUCGAUAUAAAUAAAGACAUAGUUGAUAAUAUAAAUAAACUUCCCGUGGAAGCAGACGAACAAUUACCGCCGGUUAAACAGACUCCUAUCAAACUGAAACUGUCUAGGUGUCAAGAAGGCUCAGGGUACGUGAUGAAGCCCCCCGUCCACACCACCGAAAAGGAGGAAGAGGAACGAGCGGUUCAGCCUGGCCAACCUCCACCCGAGGAAGCCGAGGCUGUGAAGCCCCGAGUCGAUUCUGAACCUGCCUCCAACCCCUCACCACCCUCUCUAGAUCCUACCCCACCGGUGUUAGCCGUCAGUAAAGACUGCGAAGUUAGAUGAUAAUCGUGUAAAUUUAUUUAUGUCGAAAUUGUGUAAAAUAUUGUAAUAUUGGUUGGAUAUAGAUGGUGACCAGUGAAGGAAGAUGUAGAGAGAUUAAUAGAUAAUUGAAAAGAUAUUUGUACAGAUCGAUGAAAUAUGCUAGCUGCUAUUCACAUGUUAAACACACAUUGUUAAGCUGACUAGUGAAUGUGUAGGCUAAGCGAAAGACACGUACCAGGGAGAUGUUUUCGAUAUGGCUUUCAGGUUUGUAUUCGCUUUUGUCUAAAGCUAUCGAAUCACUUUUAUAUAUAACAUGUCACUAUUUUUAUUUACUCGACUUCUAUCAUGACUUUGCCAAUUUUUAUUUAUCAUACAUUAAAAUUGCACGAUUUGUGCAAUUACAUACUACUAAGUACAGCUAGACAUAAUUACUCAAACACUUAAAUGUUUGUCAAUACCUUCAGUUGUUAAAUGAAUAACGAUCUCAAGUUUGUAGAAAAUAUUCCAGAAAUUCAGUACCUUCUUUUAUACUUUGUUAACAGUAACACAGAUACUGCUUUCGAGAACUUGACACUUGGAGGAACUUCGUAUUGUCAAAUUCAAAUUCUUUUAUUAAUGUAAGUUUGCCAAUAGCCUAACAUACGUCGAAACUACAAGAGACUGUGGUGUCAUCGGUGAAGACUGUGUAUGUAGCAAUUUAGUAUUUUCCGUGGGAAUAAGCCACAAUUUUACUUCAAAUUAAGUUUCUUUGACGUUUCGAUUUUCACUUCGAAAAUAAUUGUUCUCAAAAUGUAUUUUUUUCUCAGUUCAGCUUACUUCAACAAAAACUGGACAAUUCUUAAAAAAAAACAACAAAAAUGCCUCACAUCUAUAGCUUAGUGUGUCUCAUUACUUACAGACUGUCAGAACUUGCCACUACUUUGAUAUGAGUGUAGUCAACUACUAAAACUUGUGAAAAAUAUGUGUUCACAUUGAUUCGGAUAAUAGUCCACAACACUAUUAAACCAAUGUUUAAAAUUGCUCAGGCUUACUUUUUAAACUAAAAUACGAAGGUAAAUGAGUGUUUGUUCAGCUGUAUAUUCCUAACCUAACCUAACAACCUGAAAUUUAUUGACAACUUUAACGUUUUAUCUAAGCAUUGUUGUCAGUAAUAUUUACAUUGUUUAAAACAUUUUACUGUUUUUUUAAUACUGAUUGAUAGUAGUCGAGACAGUUUUAUCUAUAUAUUUGUCGAAUUUUUUUUAAUAAAUAUAUUUUUAGUUGCUUUUACACGUAACUCAUUUUUUGCAUAUUACGUUUUUAAUAUUAUGACGAGCGUUUUUGCAAAUUUUAAAAUAUGCGGUAUAGGUGGGGUGCCACACUCAAUGGAAUAAAGAUUAAUACGAAGAAUUAAUCAUUUAUACUCCUUUGCAACUGAUACAUUGUUUCCAUGUUUUAUAGGAAAAUUUCUGGUAUUAGUUCUUUCUGACGUUUCGUCUAAAAAUGUGAAAGACCCUUCGGCAGCGGUCGUAAUGUUCUGGCUAUCAUUCAUGCUCGACAAAAACUUACAGGAGCAAUAUUUUCAAACCCAGGGGUUGGAAACCUCGAAAACAAUGUACUAUGCUAGUUCGUUCCCAAGAUAGCUUGUGGUUACAGUUUCAGACACAUGAUUGACCGAUCGUGUGACCACGAACUUAACUUGAGAAUGAACAUAGUAUAAAAGACAAAAUUAAGUUGAACUGAGACCUUAAUGCACCAAGAAAGAGGCGCGGUUAUUUUGCUUCUACUCUGUUGAGCGGUGUUGCCACUUCUCUGGCACUUGUAGUCUCUAGCACUAGUAUGGGUGAUUUCUUAAACGGCAAUGUCCAGUCACCAUUUCAGUGACCGUUUUGAUCCCUCGAUUAUUGGUAUUCUCAAACUGUUUGAGAGUUUUUUAUCAAUAUUCUUGAUUAUUUUUUUUUAGUCUGUGAGUUGUUCAUGAGUGGUUCUCCAUUUCUUUUGAUGAUUCUUUAUCGGCCAUUUCUGAACCUCGUUUUUCGUAGCAUCUUAAGUGAUGUCACAGAAAGGUUCUGGGCCUUCAAAAGUUUCUCUCAAGCCUUGUUUCGCUAGCAUAUCUGCUCGUUCGUUCCCAUGCACCCCUUCAUGACCCGGCACCCAUAUUAAAGACACUUUAUUGUCUUUUGCCAGGUUGUUGAGGAGAUCUUUGCUGUUUCUCACCAGUUUUGAUUUGGUGACAGGGUUCUUUGCAGCCAGAAUAGCCAAUUGUAUAAAUGCCCUGUUUGUGUAAAUGUUGAUUCUCGUAGCUUUAGGGUCUUCAUCAAUGCAGGCAACCAAAGCAAAAACUUCAGCCUGGAACCAGUUGUAUGUGUUCGGUUGUGCGGAGUUGCCACUUCGCUAUUUGCGGAGUUGCCACUUCGCUAUUUGCGGAGUUGCCACUUCGCUAUUUGCGGAGUUGCCACUUCGCUAUUUGCGGAGUUGCCACUUCGCUAUUUGCGGAGUUACCACUUCGCUAUUUGCGGAGUUACCACUUCGUUAUUUACUGAGUAGCUCCUUGCCUAAUUGUUGUUUUUCGUUGUCUCUAUAUUGUUCGUCUGAAGAAAAAGUAAACAUUUUCAAUUCCUUUGUACUUGUUUAUACUUUACCGUAUCUGGAACAGUCUGUAUCAAAAUGUUAAUGGGGGUGUUGUUUGGCAUUCCUAAACUUAAUUGUUUUUAAAAAACUUACAUAGAAGUAAAAUCUUCGCUUUGUAUAAUGGUAUAUAAUUUUUAUUAAAAAAACUUUAAAACUGUCAUCCAAAUGGAUUAUAAAAACAUCAGAACGUUUUCGAUCUAGUCAGAUCAUCUUUAGUGACAUUCUGAGUAGUAAUUGAAACUAGCCCACUAGUUGAUAUAUUAUAGCCUUCAAAAUUGCGUAAUUGAGGGGGUCAGACGUAAAAGGGUUAAGUGCACUUUUGAUAGUUCUGAGAUAAUCAGCUUAAAAGUUGUUAGAGUUUUAUAAAUUCUAGGAGUCAUUAAACUAAAAUAUGUCUAGUGUACAAUGUUCAAUAAAAUGAUAAGAAAAUAAGGGUAUAUUAUUACUCUUACAUGUACAAGGGUACAUGGAUAAAUUUUACUGGUAAAAUGGUUCAAGUGCAGAUGUUAACUAUUAUACUAAUCAUUUUUAUCCCAGCUGUUAUCCACAGUGUAACUACAACUGGCACGUUGCAUAUUAUUUACUUGAAAUUAAUCCUGUAUUAACAUGAGGUUUUUACAGAAUACUAAAAAUAAUUUUGUGGUGAAACGGUUCAAGCGCAGUUAAACCCGUUUACUGCUACUUGUUUUUACGGAAUACUAAAAAUAAUUUUGUGGUAAAACGGUUCAAGCGCACUUAAACCCUUUUACUACCAAUGCAAAAUGAAAUUGACAAGUACCCUUUUCGAGCAGGGAACCCAUGCUGCUUUCGAGUACUAAUAUCAAAAUAUAUUAACGUCGACAUUGUGUCGUACUACAAUAGUACAAUAUAGGAAAUAAUUAUGUAAUUUUGAAAGCUAUUCAAUUACUACUCAGAAUGUCACUGAAGAUGAUCUGACUAGAUCGAAAACGUUCUGAUGUUUUUAUAAUCCAUUUGGAUGAUUAAAGUUUUUUUUAAUAAAAAUUAUAUACUAUUAUAAAAAGCGAAGCUUUUUACUUCUAUGUAAGUUUUUUAAGUAUGGUAUACAGCCAAUCACUGGGAUUUUCCCUGUAAUUUUUAAUUGUUUAUGUAUUAGACUUCAUUCUGUUGAGCUUAGCGCAUCACAUUUAUCCAAAAAAUGAAAACGGAUCAAUUUUAUUUGACAAGGUAGUCGAAUCCGGACAAAAGGGAAUGCAACAACUGAAAGCCGUUAGAAAACACCCAGUAUGUGAUAUUUCAGUGUACAAAGUCAAUUAUGACCACAAACUUGUAAUCAUAUUUUUGUACAUAUUGUAAGUUAUGGUAUUUGUGAAUAUACAUUAAACUAAUUUAUAUAAAAUUUCAUUUAAAAUGAUGAUUAACUCGUGUUGACAAGUUUUUUGAUAGGUAGAACUCGUUAUUAGAAGAAAUGAUUGAAUGUGCAGACGUUCCAAAAAAUACAUCAGGUCCUCUAAAAUACGAGGUGAUUCAGUGAGACGGUACGAUUUGGCAACGCUGCUGACGAUAAAAUAGAGGUGCCGCGGGCUUGCAACGUAAACGUUGUGAAUCUAGAGAGUGGGAAGUUUAGUUAUCAUGGCGACGUGGUCGGGUGGACAACGCGCCUUUGCUGUGAAGGUCUAUUACAAAAAUGGUGAAAGUUUUGUGUAUGUACAACGAGCGUUUCGUUUAGAGUUUAGACUAACAUUUGAAGCCCCGCGCUUCAGUUCUGUCUAACAUGGCUAUUAGACUUGGGUUAGGAACUUUGAAAGUAGUGGUUCAACAUCACAGAAAAGAGGUGGCAGUGUCAGAACUGCUCGCACACCAUAGAAUAUUGAAGCGGUGCGAAAUUCAUUACACGAGUCCGCGAAAAUCCCUGCGACGACUCACGUGCGAGCAGUUCUGACACUGCCAACUCUUGUCUGUGAUGUUGAACCACUGCUUUCAAAGUUCCUAACCCAAAUCUAAUAGCUAUGUUAGACGGAACUGCAGCGCGGGGCGGCAAAUGGUACUCUAAACGAAACGCUUGUUGUACACGCAAAAAACUUUCACCAUUUUUGUAAUAAGCUUUCACAGCAAAUGCUUUGUUCACUCGACCACGUCUCCAUGAAAACUAAACUUCCCACUCUCUAGAUUCAGAACGUUUACGUCGCAAGCCCGAGGCACCUCUAUUUUAUUCGGCGUUGCCAAAUUGUACCGAUUCACUGAAUCACCUGUUAGAUCUAAAAGAUUUUUAAGCGUAUACAUUUAAGUAAUUAGGUUCUACAGUUACAAUUUUGAUUUUUAUUUAAUUUCGUGUACGAUUACGUUUAUUUUUUUUAUUUUUGUCACCAUUCCUCUACGCUUCCCUCUUUUUUAAAUGACGUGGUAUUUUAAAUUAUACAUAAAUAGACUAUAUAGCUAAAUAGUUAACUUAAAUUCUAAAUUGAGGUCAUAUUCAAGGUCAUAUUUUCAAUAUACUUCUCUCACCACUUCAAACACGGUUACAUAUAAUGUUUUUUUGAAUUACUGUUACUAUUUUGUUGUUUUGAUUAAUGUUUUUCACAUUCGAUAUAUCCAGGGGUCUUCUCUAUUUUGUUUAAACUAUCUUAUGCCCCUGUUUCAAUAGCUGCUUCUAUGAUUGUUGCUGUAGUGUGAAAUGGCUGCGAUUUUAAACGAAAACUUCAUUUUCGAUUAUAAAUUUGCAAAAUCUGUUCGUACCUUCGAUCGUUCGUUUGUGCGUUGUCGCCCCUGGAGAACUUGGAGCCGAUCUACCUAUGCAUUCAUAUGUAGUUUUGUCUCCUAAAUCCAAAUCUGAAAACGGAAUUUCGAUAUCUUGAACCAUCUUCUAGAUAACUGAACUCAAAGGCAUAUAAUAUAUAUGUAAAUUCUGUUUAUAUAUUGCAUAUACAUUUUUAAUACCGAUUUAUAUACACUAAAUAGUGAUAUUCAGCCCUAUUCUGUAACUUUGAACAAAUCGAAUAGAAAUGACCAAGUCGAAUUGUAAUUAUCCGAAAUCGGAAUUUUGGAUAUCUAUCGCGUCGUUUUCGUGUUUGGAUUGGCAUUCCGUAACUUACAUCGUAAUCAGUGUAAAUCGAAAACGAUACCUUCUAUUUGACGCGCUCAGGAGAAGGUGGCAACACCGCACUUCAAAGUGAAAUAAAUGCUCUGUGCGAAGAAUUCAUAAAAAAAAGAAGAACUUUUGGUUUGUUCUGAAUGGUUUUGGUUAAAUUUGACAAAUUCAACACAACAAGGAUAAAAAAUGUCGGUAACACCGAUUAGGAACACGAGCGCCAAAGAAAAACAUCUGCUGAGCAUUUAAAUUACAUAGUAGACUUUGCACAGUAAAAGUAAGUAUUUUCCCUAAGAAAAGUUUUGGUUUUUACACGAGAUACGUUAAAAUCUACACAUUCUACCAGUAAAUUAGAGUAGCAAUUCUUAAAAUGGUUAAUGAUUUCUAUUAACCUUGAUGCUGUAUAAUUAAUUGGUAUAUAAAAUUAAAUAUACAAUUAUCUAACAACAGAGACUAAAAUCGCUAAUUAAUUUAACAAAUAAACGUCAAAACAACAAUAAUAGUGCCAAAUCCGCAAUCGUCAAGACCGAUUACGAUGUCGAAAUGUGAUCUCGACAAAGCUUGUCUACUGGAAAUCAAUUUCUACUCAAAGUUCCGAUAGUAGGUCGAGAUGAGUUACAGAAUACCAAUUCCUACAAAUUCCGAUCCGACUUACUGACCUCGAUUCGAUUUGACUCAUUUCUAUCCGAUUUGUAGUUACAAAGUAGGCCAAAUUAUCAUACAAAUAUAUACAGGUAUAGUAAUAUAGAAAUUUUUCUGCAUCUUAUUAUUUUAUCCCCCUAUAUAAUACUACUGCAAAGUAGUAAUUUUAUUACUUCAGCCUCUCCAAUGAUUAGCUAUUUUCUGUUUAUUUUCAUUUUAGUUCCCGUUAGUUACACAUGAGUUUCUUUCAUUUUCUACUUCUUUUGGAGUAUAUCUUUCUCUUUACUGUCACUCCAACAGAAGUUUUUCUUAUUCAUGUUACAUUGGCGCGCCCAACGUGGGGCCAAACUUCAGCUUCCUCAACAACGGAAGCUUCCCCUCAACGGGGAAACCCUUUUCAUUUUUGUUAAUUUAGCUAUUCUUUUUCUACUUCUGUUGGAGUUUAUUUUCUCUUUAUUUCCACUCCAGCAGAAGUUCUCAAAUUUGUUACAUUGGCAAUUAUACAAUAUAUGUUGCAAUUAUAGCGCUAUAAUCUCUUGUAUCACUACAAUAUGAUCAUUUCCUUCUAUAAACCCUUCUUGGUAUUCUGCUAGGUAAAACGCCAUAUAGGUCUUCUGUCUACAUUUUCUGACUGAUGAUAAUACGAUUUUUGUGACAUGUAGUCUUUUGAUAUUUCCAAAACUGUCACAUAAUUAUCUUUGGACACUGUUUUAUUUCUAAAAUUUACAUAGGUAAUUUUGAAACAUUAAAAAUAAGAAAGAACUUCUAAAAUAACCAAAUUAAAGCACCAAUUUUUAUAAACAUACACAUAAUGCUGAUGUAUUUUUUGGAACGAUCUGUAUAUACACAUGGAAAUGAUAAAGGAACGCAAAAUAUCUGUAUUUUGACAUUUUUAUUUUUGUGGUCGAAGUUUCUGGGCUGAUCCUAUUAAAAGUUAAAAUGUUUUUAAAGCUGUUUUAUAUUAAAAUGUUUCUUUUUACUACUAUGGUACUGUUUAUUUAGUAUAUAACUUUCUGUAGGAUAUUAGGGGCUAUACAGAACUAAAACAUUUAACAUACAUUUUUUAAUCAUUAAAAAACAUUUAAAUGAUUUAAUUUGGUAAUUAAGCAUUUUUAUUCUAAGAUAAAUAAUUUCAAUUUUGCAAUACCUAACUAUUAAGUGAAAUUUCUUGAAAUUUUUAUAGCUGAAUAUUUUGUAAUAUUUUUCCCAUAUUUACGCAAAAUUAAAGUUUUUUUGUGCAUUUUUAGGUAAGUUAUUAAUAAUUUUUAAGAAAUCGACUUUUGGAGCUAUUAUUGCAAUAAUUAAGCAACAAGUUAACAAAAAGUACUUUACAAACUCUCAUUUUAAAUAGUUUUCUACAUUUUUUCACUAAAAUUAUCUCAACUUUUGCUUAUAAUUUACCGUUCUUCACCUUAGAGUGCCACGAAAAAGGUUUUAAUUUGCUAAUUUCUUCGGUCUACAAGAAAUAUUGUCUUGUAGUUUUCUUGUAGUUAUUUUACUGAAAACACAAACAAUGAAAAAUAAGCUAACCUAAACACAUAAAAAGAUGAUUCUUGCCUACAGAUCAAAAGAACGAUCUCACCCCCUACUCCCUCCAACAUGCUAGACAACUAAACAUAAUAAGUUUAGACGCAAUCAAAAAUUGUACGGUUUCAGUUUUAACAAGCUCAAAAACUUCGACUUUUUUUAAAAACUACAUACACCAGGAUCUAAACUUGGUAUUUCACGUUCCUUAGAUCUUCCAUAAUCCACAAUGAAAAAUAUUAUUUAUAAAUAUAUUGUACAGAGCAAAUGGCUUGAGUGCAAUUUUAUUACUAAUGAUAUCGUUGUUAUGAAAGCCAUUGGUUUUUAUUAUUAUACUUCUUUAUUCUAUUGUACAGAUUGUCUUCUUUUUAGUGAGAGUUUGUUUUCCGCAGGAAACUGUCGAGGUGUGGAUACGGCACGUAGGGUUUUAGAGUGAGCUAAUAGUAAGUCUGAUCGUAUUUAACUGUUAUUUUUAACUGUUAUUUUUAUUUGUAUCGAACAUUUUAACGAAAAACAACGAGUUUUGGGAAGUACCGACAUAAUACUCAUUUACAAAGUCGGUAUUGGGCCAAAAUAAAAUGUGUUUUGUUUUAUUUGAUGCAAAGUGUUGCAUUUAAACAGUUAACUAAAUUGGUAUACUCAUGGGAAACAUUUUAUUUCAGUCAUAAUUGAAGACCUAAGGGAAUAACGAGAAAUGUCACUCAGAGUGGAAUUUGAGAAAAUUGAAGUUUAAUUCUGACAUUUUUGGUUCUUAGCAAGUAUAAUAAAAGCAAGGUCAGCUUUCAACUGACAUCACUUGUCUACCGAUAACUUGUGGAUCAUAAUCUUUGCUAGGUUUCUCCGUCAGAUGGCAUUAUUACUUAGACAAAAAUUGACAUUCCUUGUUUUUCCCUCGUGGUCUUCAAUUUUAACAUUGAAUAAAUCAUAAUGUAUCAUGCAAGUAUUGGUCAUGGUUUAACCCUUUCAGACCCUGAAAAUAUCCCUUACUUAAUUGUAGUUCAUUUCGGUCUAGUGCAGUAGAAAUAACAUUUUUUGCUAAAUUUUCUAUAUUUUUUCACUUUACAUGAAUGUCAAGUGUCCUCUUCAAUGGACAGUGGAUCUAAAUAAAUCAAAUGCUCCGCAAAAAUAAUUAUUAAGAUACAUAAAUUGACAAAACAUAAAUGAAUAUGCCAUGUAGUACAAACCCUAGUAGUUUUUCCUUUACAGUCAGUGUUAUUACAGCUUGCAGCUUCUUCAAAAAGUUCCCUAUCAUUGAGGCCCUAUUCUUGUUAAUACUUCCUCACUUUCAUCUCCAUAAACUCAACCGUUUUCGAAAUAAACGCAUUUUAAAUCUGCGAUGCAACAUAAUUUUUUGCAUAAUAUUAUUGUAGUUACACCCGAAAAAUAAACUUAAAACCAUAAUAAUAUCCAAAAGUGUAUCGCAAAACCCUUCAAUUUGAAAUAUGAUAACUUGCACAAUUUUUAUGGUUUCAAGUUUAUUUUUCGUGUGUAACUACAAUGAUAUUACGAAAAAAAUUAUGUUGCAUCGCAGAUUUAAAAUGCGUGUAUUUUAAAAACGGUUGAGUUUAUCGAGAUGAAAGUAGUAUGUAUUUUUUAAGUAAAAAUAUUAAGAGAAUAAAAGUUUUGAUUCAAAAAGUAUGUAGAGUGGGGGAUAAAAAAAAUUGAACGUAUUAAAUGAGCGCUGAAAGACGUGAGCUGGUAAUACGUCUGGUGGCUGAGCUAUAGCGCCUUUAGUCCCGGAUUAAUUGGAUGUAUAAUAAAAUACCUUCAUUCUCACUAUAAUUAUAUUUGAACUUCAACAGUGUUCGAUUUAAACAAUAACAAUGUCACGACUAGCGUAUUAUUUCUUCAUCGCGUGACUAACGAUUGAUCUUGAUGAAUCGUCGCCUCCUCUUGUUGGUUUAUAUAUGUUAUAGUCAAAGCCCGAAUUUCAGGCACUCCUAGGUUUGACUAGGCAAUCCUCAGGUCUGACUGACGGUCUUAGUCAAAGCCCGAAAUAAAUUACAGUUUCGGCCUUUGACUAGUCAAACCUAAGACAGACUAUGUUGGUCAGGCAAAGGUCGAAAUUUAAUUUUAUGAAAUCGGGGUUUGACUAGCCAAACCCCGAUCAGCUAUUAAAAUGUCGUAUUUGUUAGAUUAGGUUUAAUAAAACGCCAUUUUUUAAUUUUAAUGUUUAUUAUUUUUAUUAUGUCGUAAUUAAGAUAAAAAAAAUAGUGUUGAUUCUCACAUGUUGAGGCAUUAUGACAUUUAGUUUUUUAUAAGUAUCUCCAGAACACUCCUAUUUAGAAAAACGAAAACUGGUACGUUUUUUUGCGAAAUUGUAGUACAGGUAAUAUGCGUCCGUUUUGGGUAGGGCGACUCAGGAAACAAAUUGAUAAUUUUAGAGCUCUCAUGCAGUUACUACUGAAAUUUUUUUCCAAAUUCAAAAAACUAAAAAUUUUCAAAUCGAUUUUUCUAUAAAACAGUGCAUUUUAUAGACUUAAAGUAAGAGUAACUUUUAGUAUUAGAAUGCCUCAUAAUUUAAUAAUCCAGUGCCAAAAAUGCUUAAAAGUUAAAGACAAAAAAGUUAUGCGAUAAAAUAACCAUUGCGCUACUCAAAACGGACGCCUAUGACCUGUACUAGAAAUGUGUAAUUAUUGAUGGAAUCGAUUUAUCUCUGGAAGAUAAAUAAGCGUACCAGUUUUCGUUUUUCUAAAUAGAAGUGUUCUGGGGAUAUUUAAGAAAAACUAAAUGCCAUAAUGCCUCAACAUGUGAGAAUAAACACUAACUUAUUUAUUUUAAUUACGACAAUAUAAAAAUAAUAACCAAUAAAAUUAAAAAAUGACAUUUUAUUAAACCUAAUCUAACAAAUUACGACAUUUUAAUAGCUGACCGGGGUUUGACUAGUCAAACGCCGAUUUCAUAAAAUUUAAUUUCGACCUUUGCCUGACCAACUUAGUCUCUCCUAGGUUUGACUAGUCAAAGGCCGAAACUGUAAUUUAUUUCGGGCUUUGACUAAGACCGUCAGUCAGACCUGAGGAUUGCCUAGUCAAACCUAAGAGUGCCUGCAAUUCGGGCUUUGACUAUAACAUAUAUACAAUACUAAAUCACAACAUACAUAGUUCAUUAGCGGUCAAUGCCGAUCAUAAUAUAAACUAUAUUAUAUUUUAUUUCUUAGUUCUGUUCAAUGCUAAGGGUUAACUUACCACGUUACACACGUAUGUGGCGCCCUCUGGGUAAUACGUCAUUUUUGGUAACGAAUUUAGAUUUCUCGUCCCAAAAAAAUCCCGCUUACCAAAAUUUCGUGUUGUUAUCUCUGCCUAUCAGGAACUAUUCAAGAAUAAAUAAAAUAAAAGUUUAACUUUGACACCCUGUAUUUCGGUUAUUAUCAACCUUACUGCUAAAAUAAGUUAGCUUAAAACUACCUAUUUUAACCUCAGCAAUCUAAGGUUAAGCUAUGGCCCAUUCGUUACCAAACACCCUAUAUAUACCUGGUACCACCAUUACUUAACUGAUAAAUAAAGCGUAUGUCCAUUGUAAUGGACAAGGGGCCUGCAAGGUUUAAACCGUAUGUUAUUAAAUCUAAAUAAAAAAUAAAAAUGCAACCAAAAGUAGUAUACUCCCUACCUAUUAAUAUAAACUAACUACUUGAAGCAGCAUACAGGGUGAAACAUUUGGGUGAAAACCAACAUUUUUUAUAGAAGCUAGUUACUUUUUGAUCACUUUUGAUUCAUGUUUUACACGGUUUAUUUAAAUACUUCUUUUAUUUGUUCAUUGUUUAUUUGCAGAAAAAACUCCUGUCAUAUUGCUCAUAAUCUGUUUUUUAAAACACCAUGAAUGGAGAUUUAAGGGUUUCUUUUUAAGUCAACUCCGUUUGAUUUGGUUCAAAUAUGAGCAAGGGUGUAACCAGGAUGAUCCUAAGGGAGGGGGGUUUACAACUAUUGGUUGGUCUCUGGGGGGUAUGGAAUAGUAAUGGUGUUAAGCGUAUAGAGGUCAAAGUACAUCCAAAUGAGGGGUUGCAACCCCCUAACCCACCCCGGUUACGCCUAUGAAUAUGAGAUAAAAUGAUUCCUUUGUAACAAAAAACACUUGUAUCGAUAAAUAAUUUUAAUUGAGCGUUAAAUCAUUUUAGAAUAAUCAAUUUUUAAAUAAACAUAUUUUGAAAUAUUUUUUAUUUAGAUGUUUUCAAUUAUUCGUAGCUACUUGUCAUAUCCACACAUGGACAGAUUCCUGUAAUUUUUAAAUUUUUUUAACGAUUGCCGGUACACAAAUGUAUAAAAACAAAACUUGUGGUCUUUCUUAACUAAUUCCCUAAGUUAUUUUAAAACAUUGACAUUUUAGUCGAAUAAUUAUAAACUAUUUUAUAUAAUUUUAAUUUACAAAUGUUUAAAAUAUAUUUUUUGUUAUUUAUUUAUUUAUGUAGUGAACGGAUUAAAAGUAUUUUUUUCGUUAA